AUGGCUGUCGACGCUCAAGAAAGGCCUCAUGGCUACUAUCUUUACAAGCCCAGCCAUAUCCUACCAGCUGUGUUCGCGGCGCUUGUGGCUAUUUCUUUAAUUCUACACACUUUCCAAAAUAUUCGCUAUAGAUUCUGGCGUGUUACCUUCUUUAUCAGCUGGGGAGGUAUCAUCUUUACCACCGGAUGGAUCCUUCGAUGUAUCUCCAGUUACUAUCCUGACCAUUUGGGACUCUAUGUCGCUCAGGCAGUCUUUAUCUACCUAGCUCCACCAGUUUAUUCAGCUGCUGCAUACAACAUAGUUGGCCGACUGAUGAACUAUCUCCCCAUGCACGCAGUCCUGAAUCCCGAUCGCGUGUUGAUCUUCUUCGUCUAUCUUGGUGCCGCAGUGGAGGGCAUGACUGCUGCUGGAGCUGCCAAGAAUGCAGCUGCUGGAAAGGAACUCGACGAAUACAAGAAGGGCGGCCAGCUUAUCGCUGCCGGUCUCAUUCUGCAAGGUGUGGUGGAAAUGCUUGUUAUCGCGAUCGUGGCAACGGUCCAUCGCCGCGCAUCUAAGGCCGGCAAGGUAGCUCGCAACGUGCGAUUGGUCUGUUUUACCCUAUACGGCACCUCUAUCUUCGUGGUUCUGCGCUGUAUCUUCCGCGCUGUCGAGUCCUUUGAAAUGUUUGACAAACUUGGCUGCACCGAGAACUGCGGAGCCAUCCUCAGCAACGAAUGGUACCUAUAUGCAUUCGAGUUAGGCCCCAUGUUGAUCUUUACAUACUGGCUGAACCUAUUGCACCCUGGACGCUAUCUUCCCAAACAAAAGCACCGCUAUCUUGAUACUGAUGGCCAGACUGAACGUGUUGGACCUGGCUGGCGAGAUCGCCGCAGUCGAUGGGAGACUUUCGUCGACCCCCUUGACGUAAAGGGCAUGUUCAAGGGCCAAGCCUCGCAUGAGAAGUUCUGGGAGAAUCCUGGGCAGUGGGAUGCCUGCACAGAUGGCAGUUUUGCGGAGGGAACCGCCUCGAAUGCCAAAACUCAGAGCUAUGCGAAAGAAAAUACCUUAUUUGCCAAUCAAGUCUAG